UGCUUGCAGUUCUAUUUCAUUGAAGCUUUUGCAUUAUAUCAGCACCCACUUAUUAAAUCUUCUAAGGGCUGUAAUAUCCUUUUCUUGGUGAACAGUACAAGGCAGGGGCGGACUGACAACUCAUGGGGCCCCCGGGCAAUAGGGGAUCAUGGGGCCCCUGUGUCCUUGCCCAAACUCAAAAAAGCCUAUGAAAAAGGUACCAGGGGCAUCUCAUGGGGUCCCCAACUGACCCCGGGCCCUCAGGCAGUGCCCGAGUUUCCAAAUGGUCAGUCCACCCCUGGU